GGGCUCCCCGUUUCUGCUUCUACACCGACCAGGUCUGGGUGACCUCUCCCCUGGCGCCGACCUCUCACCAAGGCCGCGCCUCCGCCCCCGCCCCCGCCCCCGCCCCCACGCGGCCCCGGAUGUUGACGGCGUCGCCUAGCAACGAGCGAUGGCGGACCCGGGAGACCCGCAGAGCAGGUCUCCCCUGGAGGGGCAAUCCAUUUUGGAAGAAGAUGAGGACCAGCAUGAGGAAGGCAAUGUGGUAUCACCCGAGGAGCAGGGCAGUGUCCCAACAGAAGAGGAAGAAGCAGCUGGGACUCCAUGGCAGACUGAGGAAGACACGGCGUUGGAAGAGGAGCUGGAGCCUGUGCUGGAAGAGUCCUCUGAAGUGAUCCAAGUUGGCUUCUCCAAGCAGGGCUUCUCUGAGCGGGGCUUCUCCGAGCAGGGCUUCUCUGAGCAGGGCUUCUCCGAGGAGGGAUUCUCCGAGCAAGGCUUCUCUGAGCAGAGCUUCUCCGACAGCAGCCCUGGGGAGGCGGGCGCCAGCCUGGAAGAGACAGAGGAAAGGCUCUCAUCCCCCAGGCACUCGUGGCAAGCCUUGGGCUCCUCAGAGCCACCUGGCCAGGGCAGCCCCCAACCUGCGGCUGGCCCCCAGAAACCGACAUCUCCUUCCAGGGAGCUCCAUCACCUCCGACUGAGCCAGGACAGCCUGGCCUCCUGGGGCCCAGAUGAGCCCCUGCCAGACGCUGAGGAACCAGAGGAGACCGAAGCUCAGCCCAGGGGAAGCUCCUCGGCCUUCCUGGAUAGGCUACAGCAGCUGAGCACAGAGGAAGCAGCCCUGGUGGAGAGAGUGGAGUCUGAAGGGAGUGAGGAGGUGGAUGUGAACGCAGCCCAACUGAUGGUUCUGGACCCAGAUCAUCCCCUGAUGCUAAGGUUCCAGUCUGCCCUGAAAAGCUAUCUCCACCGACAGAUCGAGAAGCUGAAACUGGAACUGCAAGAAUUGAGCAUGGCCAGCAAGCAGAGCCGGGCGCAGCGGCAAGAGCUCGGGGUGCAGCUGUAUGGGGUGCAGCAGAACCUGGCGCGCCUACAGAUGCAGCUGGAGAAGAACCACGACUGCCACUCGCUGGUGGCCAGCGCGCGCCGACAGAGGGAGGAGGAGCUGCAGGAUGUGCGAGUGCGCUACACGCGUGCCUUCCAGGCAGCAGUCGACGAGCGCAAGCAACUGGCCACCAUGCAGACGGACCUGGAGAAGCUGGCACUGAACCUGCUCUACUUGCAGAACAUUGACCAGGAUGUGCAGGCUGACAUUUACAUCAUGAAGCAAGUGGUGAAGAAGUCCACAGUGGAGCGCUUACAGGCAGAAAUGGACAAGAAGAAGCAGGACCUGUACGUGGACCAGCUGACCACAAAAGUCCACCAGCUGGAGGAACAGAUCGCCAUGUUGGAGGCCCAGUACUGCGCCCAGGCUGAGGAUACCCGCACUCUGCGGAAGGCAGGCAGCGAGGCUAGCACGGAAAUCGCCGCCAUCAGCGUGGAGAAGAAGCGGCUCCUGCAGCAGUGGGUCAGCAGCCUGGCGGGCAUGCGCAGCCGCGACGAGGCGCACCGGGCAGUGCAAGAGGCGCUCAGCGAAUACCAGCACCAGAGCAAGGCUGUGGAUGGGGAGCUGGAGGGCUACAAGAAGUCCAUUGUGAAGGAGGAGGAGAAGAAUGAGAAGCUGGUGCGCACCCUGCGCCGCAUAGAGGCAGAGGCUGGGCUGCUUCGGAAGAUGGGUGCACAGUGCCUGUCCAAGCAGGAGGCCCUGCAAGGCGAGUUCAACACUUAUCGCCUCACCUUGCAGGACCUGGAGGUCGCCAUUGCCAAGGUCCAAACGGAGCAGGCAGCUGCCCAGGGAGAGCUGCAGCUGGCCCAACAGAGCACCCAGAAUUUGAUGGAGCAGCGGCGCAAGAUAGAAGCUGCCAUGGUGGAGAAGCUCCAGGAGCACAUGACCUCUAACAAGAUGACUAAGUACUUCCAUCAGCUCAUCCGGAAGCUGCAGAAGGAGAAAACCAACCUGGUGACACACCUUUCCAAAAUCGAUGGGGACAUUGCUCAGGCCACGCUAGACAUCACCAACACACACUACCGGCAGGAGCUACACCAAAAGACACUGGUGGAGCUGGACCAGGAAGUGAAGAAGGCCACCGAACUCAUCAGCAAUAGCCAGAGCGAGAUCUCACGCCGCACCAUCCUGAUUGAGCGCAAGCAGGGCCUCAUCAACUUCUUUAACAAACAACUGGAGCAGAUGGUGUCAGAGCUGGGGGGGGAAGAGCUGGGGCCCCUGGAACUGGAGAUCAAGAGGCUGAGCAAGCUGAUUGAGGAGCACAAUGCCAGGCUGACACAGGCACAGGUGACCUGGCUACGGCUGCAGCAGGAAAUGGUGGCUGCCACGCAGGCACGGGAGGAGCAGCUGGCUGCGCUGGACAUGUUCCAGAAGGAGCUGCACAUACUAGAACAGAAGAAGCUGCGCAUAGAGAAUAAGAUCAGCCAGGAGCGAAAGGAGCAGAAGGACAUCGAGCGGCACAAGAAGGACCUGGACAAUGACCUCAAGAAACUCAAUGUGCUGCUGAGCCAGAAGCGCAGUAGCUCUGAGACACUGCAGCAGGGCAAUGUGGUGACAGAGAACGAAUUCGUGCGCUCACUCAAGGCCUCUGAGAAGGAGAGCAUCGAGAUGCAGGAGAAGCUGGACCAACUCAAUGAGGAGAAGGAAGCCAUCCUGAACAGUCUGGUGGAGGCAGAACACCAGAUCAUGCUGUGGGAGAAGAAGAUCCAGCUGGCAAAGGAGAUGCGAGCCUCUGUGGAUUCUCUGACAGGACAGACGGAGAUCCGGGCCAUGAAGGCCGAGAUCCACCGUAUGAAGGUCAGGCAUGGGCAGCUGCUCAAGCAGCAGGAGAAGAUGAUCCAUGACAUGGAGCUGGCCGUCGCCCGCAGAGACACCAUCGCCCGCCGGGCCGAGGCACAGAGCAAGACGGACGGGAAGCUGCUCACCAGGACAGACUUCCACCACAAGCAGAUUGAGCUCCGCCGGAAGAUCAGGGAUGUCCAGAAGGCCACCGAGGACUGUGCCCAGACCAUCUUGGAGCUGGAAGUGGCACAAAAAGCCAUGAGUGACAAGCUGGUGGAGAGGCAGGAGCAGCUGUCCCACAUGCAGGCCAGCUCUGAUGAGAUGGACUUGGACCUGGAGAGGCUCGCCACACUCAAGCGACAGAACCUCUCAGAACUGGUGAUGUUGCAGACACGCCUGAGGCACCUGCAGGCAGUGAAGGACAGCCGCUACGUGUACCUGUUCCGCUCCAUGAACUCACUGCAGAUCGAGCGCAAACGCAUGAACAACCGGCUGGCCACCAUUGCCAGCAUCCUGGACCAUGUGAACAAUGAGUACCCCCAGUUCCAGGAGGCACUGCUCAAGGUCAGCCAGGCCAUUGCCAGCACACUGGAGACACCCCCACCCUCCUAGAGCCCAGACCUCACUGGGAGCAGGGCACCUCCCCACCACCACCACUGCUCACCUCUGCACCCACACUCCUGCCCCUCACCGAAUUCCCUGAGAUUCAAGUCUACUGGCUGGAGAUGGUCUUGGGGAAGAAACACCGAACAUUCUUCAUCUGCCUUGUUCUCCUUCGUGUCCAGUGAGUGCUCCAUCACCACGCAUUGCUUACCUCAGCUGUCAACAUUUCACCUCUCUGUGAUUUACAAGGCGGACACCCCCCCCACACACAAUAUCUGACCAGCAGCCAGAAGAAAAAUAAAUUUUAUUUUCUGAA